AAUUUGUUUAGAAAUUUAUAGUCUAGAUCCUUGCCAAUAUUUUACUGCCCCCGGAUUAUCGUGGGAUGCAAUGCUAAAGACAACACAAAUUGAGUUGCAAUUAAUUACAAGUAUUGAUAUUUAUAGCUUCAUAAAGAAGGGUAUAAGGGGUGGUAUAGUUCAAUGUUCUAACCGAUAUUCUAUAGCAAAUAAUAAAUACAUGAGCAAUUAUGAUGAUCAUAAACCAUCAAAAUAUCUUAUGUAUUUAGAUGCAAAUAAUUUAUAUGGUUGGGCUAUGUCCGAAUAUCUUCCCUAUGCUGAGUUUGAGUGGUUGGAUAAUGUUAAUGAUUUUGAUGUUUUCACAAUAGAAGAAAACUCUUCAUAUGGUUUCAUUUUAGAGGUUGAUUUGGAAUAUCCUCAUUCAAUUCAUGAUAUACAUAAUGACUUACCAUUUUGUUGUGAAAAUAAAAAAAUUGGUAGCAUGAUUCAACCUAAACUAAUCACUGAUUUAAAUAAUAAAACUAGGUAUGUAAUUCAUUAUAGAAACUUGCAGCAGUGUCUUAAACAUGGUUUAAAAUUGAAGAAGGUUCAUCGCGUUUUAAGGUUCAAACAGUCUAAUUGGCUAAAAAAGUAUAUAGACCUAAAUACUUUUCAAAGAACAAACGCUAAGAAUGAUUUUGAAAAGAACUUUUUUAAACUUCUGAAUAAUGCAGUAUAUGGAAAAACUAUGGAAAAUGUAGAUAAAAAGAAAGAUAUAAAAAUCGUAUGUGAAUGGGAAAGUAUUGGAAAAAGGUUAGGCGCUCGAGCCCUCAUCGCUAAACCUAACUUUCAUAGCUAUACAUCAUUUACAGAAAACAUGCUUGCUAUACAAUUGAAAAGAUCAUGUACCUUAUAUGAUAAGCCUAUUUGUAUUGGUUUUGUUGUAUUGGAGUUAUCAAAGUGGAAAAUGUAUAACUUUCAUUAUAGUUAUAUGAAACCUAAGUUUCAAACAAAGCUCUGUUUAAACUAUAUGGAUACUGAUUCUUUUAUAUAUACUAUUCAAACGAAUGACUUUUAUAAGGAUAUUCAUGAUGAUAUUGAUUUAAAAUUUGAUACAUCUGAAUAUUUAGAUGUAAUGAUUACUCGUGGUCAAGCAAAUAAAGCCACACUAUCGAGCGACGCGGAUGGUAGUAGUUCCGACUCAGAAGCAAGUGUCACGGCAGUUAACAUCGAAGCCCAGAACAUUACAAUGCAACCAGAAGCAACCAUCGGGAACGACGCAAUAGCCUCUUUGGUGGCAAAUAUCACGUCACUCCAGGAAAGCGUGCAAGAGUUGCGAAACGAAACGAGCCGUGGCCAAUCAGAGGUCUAA